AAAACAAUAAAAAAGUUGUGCAAAAUAUCAACAACAAAUUAUAAGAACUCAUAUUAUCAAAUGGUUGUGAAUAAAAAAUGCCAAAUUCAAAAAAACUGUAGAAGUAUCCAACAUUUUAAAGGAUUUGUAAAAUUCCUUUGUAAAUUAAGUUUCUAUACGAGGGUGGUCUCGUUCUCUGUGCGGUGCGAAUAGAGUUUGUGAUUAACACGAUUGAAUUGAAUUAAAAAACAAACAAAAAAAAAACAAAAAGCCGCACUAUCCAAUUGACUAGUCAACGUGAGCGUAAAGCAUUCGCCUAAUUACCGUUAUGCGAUAAAGCAAACAAUCGUACGCGUAUUAAAAAGCACAGAAAAAAACAUUAUAAUCUCAAGGAGAAGAAGAAGUAAAAAAAGGCCUUUUGAUUCCUUAUUUUUGUGUUCCAGUGUCUUAUAUUGCGAUAGCGGUUCAAUGUCGAUACCAUAGUAGCAAUUUGUCGUUGACGUCAGUUUCUUCGACGUCGCCUAAACUUUAUGUUGUCGUUUGUUCAGAAGUGCUACCUACACCAGUGCUAAAGACGUCACGCUGCUAAAGACAUCACGCUGCUUAAAGUUACAUUAGAUACAAAGAUUUAUGAGUUGAUCAUAAUGCCGGCAACAUGUAAACAGAGUGUUGGCUACAGCGGCUUUGUUAAAACCGAACCUUAGGCAGCACGAUCUAGUUUUAUUAUCAAUCAGUGAACAUAUUAACUUGGAUAAGUGGUUAUGUCAUACGAAAAUAACAUACCGGUGUGGCAGCAAAAAUGAUGAAUGAUUUUUAUAAAUUAACUGUGAUUAUGAGUUCCACAAAGUCCCAGGUAGCGGUGGCUACGAAUAUUCCAAAUAUACCAUCAUCAAAUCAGACGCAACAACAAAAAGAAUACAACAGCGAGGAGUCAUUGGGCCGUCAAAAUAGCUUUGGAAUGAGUCGUAGAGGUACCAUGAAGGGUAAACACUUGACAAGGAGCCAUGCUAUGCGAGAGGCCACAUCGCCACCACGUACUCCUACACCUAGAGCGUCCGAGUCGUCGACGCAAUCACAAAUGUCACCGAAUGGUUACCAACAGCAACAGUCAACACCGCAUCAUCACCACAUUGAUGUUAAUGAAACUAAUAGCAAUAACAACAACAACAAUAAUAAAUUGCAUACACAAUCAUCGGCAACCAGAGGCAAUUCUCCCAUAAUCGAUACCCCAUCUGUGAUUGUUACUAGUCAACACAAGCAGCAACAGCUGCCUCAACCAACCCAGCAGCAACAACAAACGCAGACAAAUGUUGCUCUUUGCAAUGAAACGGAAUUUCCUAAACUGACACCGCCUAAAUCUAAGGGUGGUGGUGGUGGUGGCGGUGGUGGCGGCGUUGGAGGAACAGCCAAUAUCGCCCCUAACAACAACAACAACAACAACAACAGCCAGCAACAACAGCAACAGUCAACACAACGUUCUAGCAGUAACUGCAACAACAACAAUAAUAACGGCGAGGGCACGACAAGCAACAUUAAAAAGGCAAACGGCGAUGCGUCAGGCACCAACGAUACGCACAAUAAGCCCACAGUCAAUGUUGUCAACACGAAUUCUGUGUGCACUAACAAGGUCUACAGUCAAUCUCAACAGCAGUCGCACUCGUACAAUGCUGGAAGUGCGUUGCAAAAAGCACUAAAAAUCACCGAUAAUUCGCAGCAACAGCAACAUGCGACAACAUCGUCACAAACGACAACAUCCACUGUAUACAAUUCACCAAUGAACUAUCAGUUGCAUCCGAACGAAGGAAAUCACCAGCAACCGACCUCAUAUGUAUUGUACGAUAAAGAGAAUCGCUGUUCCCGGAACAAUAGUCAAAACAGUGUAAACUCGGGUGAUGAGAUGCAUUUUAUGGACACGCACCAAUCGCAACAAUCCCACGGCCAACAACAACAACACCACCAACAGCAGCAACAACAACAACAGUCCCAACACCACCAACGUGCUGGAGGGAGUAAAAAACACCGCACAAAUUCGAACUCUAAGGGUUCCAAGCCACGUUUGAAAAACUUGGGUGGUAGUGCGUCAAGCGUUGGCAAUGCAUCGAACAUGGCCGCCAGUAGCAGUGGGGGUGGCCCCAAUGGGGCUCCCACUGGAGGUGCCAGCUUAGACGGCAGCCUGAACAGUAAUAGCAACAACACGUCUGGAUUCAUCUCCAGAGUCUUCACAAAUUCAGAAAACUCCAACGAACAGUAUACAGAUCAUGGAGGCACAGAUCUGCUUAGUUUCUUCAAGGAAACGCUAAACAAGAAUGUCAAAGAUCGCCAGUUCCUGCUGAAGGUCGAAAAGGAUCUCAUUGAAUUUGUGCAAGAAGGAAGUCGUGGUGAGAUACGUUUCCCUCAAGCAUCCUCGUACAAUCGCAUGCUGAUACAUCGAACUGCAGCCUUUUUUGGUAUGGAACAUAAUGUUGAUACGGAAACACAGCAGUGCGUUAUUGUGGCACCCACGAAGAACACUCGCAUACCCGAUAUACGCUUCAAAACGUUGGUCAUACCGAAUCGCGAUGACUCGCGCAAGUCUAUUCUGAAGCGUGACACACAUAGUUUUGAUGAGGCACGUCAAAGCAGUUACUUGUGCCCUGACCGUGGGGGCAUGCUGGACCGGAAAGCCAAAAGUUUUGAAGAACGCGAGGAGGAUUACGACCGUGCACGUUCCCGCAUAUUUAAUCGCAGCCAAAACGAUGCUUGUGGCGGCAGUACGGACGAUGACAACAAUUAUAUCAGCUGGACCAGCUCGGUCGAUCAACAGCAGUUUUCGCGCAGUCGUUCGAGUGGCAAAGUGCUCAAAAUUCAAAACUCGCCCGACGGUCGUGGUGGCAGUGUUCUUCCAAAAGGAAAUAGCUACAACAAUUAUGGGUCAACGCAGAGCGGCGCUCCUCUUAUGCGUGGUGAUUCUGUCAACUCAAAUAAGGGCAGCGGUGCUGGAGGGGGAGCGGCCGGCAGUGGCAACAAUAAUAGAAUUUUCUCAAAACAAGAUUCAACAGGGAGUACGAGUACAUCGUGGCGCUUGUCACCUUCCAGCAGUGGCUAUAAAACCCAAACGCAAUCGGUUCACUCCGAUUCUGUGACACCUUCACCGACCGGUGGUUAUGGCAGUGAUGAUCACAUGCCAGAUCAAUCUUCAGUCAUCGCGAAUAGGGAGAACAUUGGUGCAUCAACGUCGCUGCCUUGUGGACUUGUAUGGGCUGUAACCGACAUUUCAAAUGUCCCGAAAGGCAGUGUGCUUAUCAAUCCACAAACCCUACAGCCAAUCCUAAAUUCUGACGGCACGGUAUAUCAUUUCGACCCGUCCAAUCCACCGCCCAGUCAAGCAAUGCCAUCUGGAGGUAACGGCAACGGUAAUGGUGGCUCUGGCACUGGUAUGUAUCACUCUUCACAGAGCAUAGCUUCUCCCCAACAGCAUUCAAUGCACAGUGCCGCUAAGAAGCAACACAAGGGACACCAACCGCACCCGAAAAGUCAACAGCAAUAUGCCCCAGCUGAUACACCUCCAUCGCCCGUUGGAGUGGAGACAGUGGCUGAAUCAUCGACCCAGACAGUAAAUGAAUGCGAUGAUGUGAAUGCUAAGAAUGUGGGUGAUAUGACCUAUUUAGAGGGUGGUGAUGCUUCAAUUAAAGACGAAAACGAUGAAUGUGAUAAUUCAGCUAAUGGCUGCCUCAGUAUAACCACUACAACAUCGACGAAGAAUUACGAUCGCAUUGAAGUGCAAAAGUUUAAAAACCAAGCUACCAGUCCCAAUAUUCCCAUCAAUGAGAAGGAAGAUAUAACCAAAUUUGAGAGUUCUAGCCUGGCUCCUCCAACUGUGGCGACUCCUUUGUUGCAGUCACAGUCUCAUCAACAACCUCAGAAUCGUGAAACACCCCAAUCGGCGCGUUCUACUCCAUUCAGCAAUAGUGAUACCUUGACAAAACGAUCUUCCGAAGAGCCCAGAACUACCAGCUGGACACAGAGCUUUCAGGCUCCAGAUGGGUCCACAGUAUUUCAUACAAACACAACUCCGAAUGGAAGCAAUGCAUAUUGUACAUAUCAGCAGGCGCCUGAUGGAAGCAUUUAUGCUGUACCCCAGGGAAUGAUUUACGCUUAUCCACCACCUGUGGAAGGGGAAUUCCAAGGUUAUUUUAUGCCUGUUUUCGAUCCCUCGCAGCAAAGGGCAGGGGAGUCCACUGGCAUUCUUCAACCCGGAACGCAAACUAUAUAUCCAGCUGGCGGUACCACAACUAUGGUGCCGAUCGCGGCGUACCCAACUGCACAAUUCGCAACAACCAAUGGUACUCCAAUUUAUCCUGGCCAAGUUAUAUACUCCAGUGAACAAUUUCAAACGUCUGCAGCACCAUUGGCAGCUGCCGCGCCAUCAUCGACUGCAGGUCAACUACAGCAAAUACCAAUGACGACGUAUCCCAUAGGAUAUCCUUAUCCAUAUAAUGGAUACUGGGGCCAAACCAUGACAUACUAUGUACCUCAACAAGCUGUACCCGCCACAUCACUGUUAAGUGCACAGGCAGUCCCUCAAGUGGGGCCUGCUACUGCAGGUGCACACGUCGCAGGCGGCGUGAAUGCAUCUGGUCCCAAUGGACUACAUGCGACGGCUGGACCGUCACUGAACUCCUCGAAUGUGAACAAUGCUGCUGGUGGCGGUGGUGGGAAUUCACAAAAUAUAAACCAUCCUAAUGGGCAGGCCCCGAGCGCCUACCAAUCCCACGGCACUACUGGCACAGUAGUCAGUGCUAGUGCGGGAAACCAAUCCAGUGGAACAACAUAUUAUGGGACAGGACGUAUAAAGCGUCCCAAUACGUCGCACUUUUCUAGCGGUAGCUCAGGAAGUAGUCAUCAAGUUCUAACGACUACUACACUUCCUAAUGGUGUCAGCGCGACGACAUAUCAACUGGGCCAUGCAGUUCCCACACUGACAUUAGCAGCUACGGCACCAGCGCCAGGGGCUGCAGGAGGAACCGCCACUACUGAUCUCAGUGGGGGUGCAGCGACGUCCGCUACUGCCACUAUGUACGCUUUGCCACAACACGCUACUAUAUUUCCGGCGAAUAUGUUUCCUUAUGCAGCAAACGCAGCUCCGACCAUCGGCCCGCAGCCCGCAGCGAGCAUGGCUCAACAAGCCGCCAUUAUUUCCCAGCAUGGUAACCCACAAAUUCCUGCACAUGCCGUUGGAGGCCAUCCUACUGGAGCUACCGCUGGUGCAAUGCACAAUAACCAUCAUUCGAAUACUGUGAUCACACCUUUCUAUACAACAGCACAUCAUCACAAUCCACAUGCGACCAUACCAGCAGGGGCUCAUACGCUUCACGCCCCUGGACCAGCAGCGAUACCAAUAGUAGAUCCUGCUUCUCUGAUUAAUGCCGCCCAAAAUGGUCCUGGCAACCACCCGUACAUAGCCAGAAGCGGUGUCGGAAUAGCUGGUAAUGGUGGUAAUAACAACAGUACGUCGCAAUCGGCUCCUAGUACUCCACAUUCAAUGCCCUCGGCGGCCUAUCACUCGCAGCGUAAUCCUCCCGUAUUUUCUACGCCACCCAUAAUGAACAACAAUGUAGGUCCUUACAAUAGUGCCAGUUCAACUCCACAUUACUAUGGUGGCGCACCAGAACAACCUCUCCAAUCGGGUGGUGGAAACUGUAGUAACAGCCCACACAACUCAUAUCCUUCGACUAAUACGUACGAAAAGAGGAACAAUGGUAACGGCGGAGGUGGUGCAGGCGGAAAAAAACCGGUUCCUUACCAAAGCGCAAGUUUAAGUCGGCAAAACUCUACAAACUCCGGCGGUUACAACGCAGGUGGGAAGCCCUCAUCAUUAUUGGGCAAUAAUACUAACAACGACACAAGAGCUUCACCAGGCGGCAAUAGCACAAAUUCUCGCACACACUCAAUAAAGAGAUCGGGCGGAAGCAGUGUAAAUGACAAACCCCAAACUCCUCUGUUAAGCGGACCACCUAGUUUUCCCGGAAGCGCAAACAUCAACAGCAGCACCUAUCCAUCUGCGACCACUGUUGAAAUGACGAGCACUGUAGUUCCGGUCGUUAAUGUUGCUAAGCCACCUAUCCGCUUAAAUGCCGCUGCAGCAGCGUUCCGCCACAAGAACACAUCGGCAAAUAGUGGAGUUGGAGGAUCCGUUGGAGAAUGUCGUCGCAAUACUGGUUCACAACGAAAUUCGCCUAGCACAAAUGCGAGCAGCAGCAAUGACAAUAGCAACAACAACUCUCCCAAUAGUAUACAAAACUCUUCCAACGCUGCAACGCCGAUCGCUGCUGGCUGUUACGCACCCUCCUAUAUGAUUAAUGCUCAGAACAAUGGCGGUGAAUCUGGCCUAUCACACCAUCCGCCGCCAUCGCUAUACAUAACAACUACAUCGGCUCGAGGACACAUUCCACCCCAUAUACAAGCUGCAAGUAGCGCGGCCGUAUCAGCGAGUGCAGCACAGGCUGCUGCUGCUGCCACCACAGGUGUGCCACAGCAGACGACUACAGCAGUUUUAGGAGGAGCCGCUGCUGCCGCUGCUGCUGCUGAUGUAGCAAAUGCUGCUGCAGUAGCCGCCGCUGCCACCGUUGCGCACCACCAUCACCCUCAACCUCUCUUGGGCACAUACAAUCCCGGCGCUUCGGGACUAUACUUCAAAUAUGGACACACGUAUUUUGCUCAUCCUUCCGUAGCUUUACCAAAUAGUCGUCGUUCGCCAUCGACAGAUUUGAGGCCGCCCAUAGCCCAAGUGGCGGGAAUGUACCCCACCAUGAACAUGAUGAUACCAGCUCAGCCACGUCACCCUGGUCGUCAUCCCAAUCCGAAUUACAAGGGCACACGGCCCCGUUGAUGUCCUCGGCUGUAUUGAUGGCAUGGUCCGAGUAAUGUCGCCCAUUGAGGAAACCCAAUGAUGCUAUACCAAAAACCUUUAUUUAAGUAUAAGUUUAAACAGCAACCACUGAGGAAAACUAACUAAUCUAAUAAAGCAAAACAUUAGGCUUAGUUUAAUAUACCAUUAUAUACGUAUGUAUAUAUAUAUAUAUAUAUAUAUAUAUAUAUAUAUAUAUAUAUAUAUACAAACCCAUAUGUAUAUAUAUAUAUAUAUAUAUAUAUAUAUAUAUAUAUAUAUAUACAAAACGCAGCAUACAAUAGAAACUGGAACAACGUAAAUGAAAAUGGAGUAAAGUAUGAGAGAUGCGUGUGAAAGAGUGUCGCGAAACGGACACAGUUUUCUUUUUAUAUUUUCUGGUCUAUUUUCCUACAUACCAGCGCGACAACAAAACAAAAACGAAGAUACUGCGUAAACUCCCAAAUUUUAAUACAAACAAAACAAAAACAUUGGCUUUAAAUAGGUAGAAAUUGAAAACAUCCAAAACAAAAUUCGCAAUACAAUAAAAUUAUUUAAACGUUUCUUCAUCUCAAUGCGUACACAUACACAAACUCCGACACAAAUCUUAUGUACGGUGAAAACAAAGCUGACUCCAGCCAGGCUGCCACUAACACCUGUCACCAUCACAAUCAUUGCGCACUCUUUACAGCGCUUGGAAAGCAGCCGCAUACGCGAUGGAAACCCCAGCGCUGUGCCAUUUUCAUCGUCCCAUAGGAAAAUAUAACGACAGCAAGCAAAUGCCAACACAAUUCCUCCAAUCAUAAGAUUCUCAAAACAACAUACACACCCACACCCACACCCACACACACACACACACACGGCCACACUCAAGCAGAUACUUACUUACAUAAACCAAGAAAAAAAAAGAAAAGAGAAACCAGUGACAUAAUUUAGUCAUUUUAAUUGAGUAUAUAAGAAUAAACUUAAUUAAUAUUGCUAUGCAUAUAAAAACGUAUAUAUAUAUAUAUAAACAUAUAAUAAUUUAUAGUACACAUGGUGCAUACAUAGUAUUGUAUAUGGCGUGCAUAUAUGCAUGUGGAGAGACAUAGUUUAUGCAUAUGCGUAUAUGCACUCUUAUACGGAUGUAUGACCAUAGAUAACCCAUAUGCAUGUACGCCUGCAAAUGCAGUUUGUGUGUGGGCGCGUGGGAGAUGUAUACGACUCAUUCGCACGCACCAAUGUACACGCUGCAUGGGCAUGGGUAUGUGGGACAAAUGAAAAGAUACAAAUAAUAAUUUUAUAGUAUUUAAAAAAAAUUUACUAUAUAUACAUACAAUAUAUAUAUAUAAAAUUAAAUAAUAUUAUUUAUAGUUACCUAAGGUAGCAUAAUGAAAUUAUUCAAAUAUAUAUACAUACAUAUAUAUUUAAAAAAAUAUAUAAAAUAUUAAAUAAAAACCAAAACAAA